UUCCUCCACUCCCCUCCCUUCCUUGCUAGCAAGUCGAGUUAGCUCGUUAGCGAGACAAGCUCUUUAAACUACUUGUAGUGCGAUUAUUAUGAAUUGAUUGACCCUCGUGACGUUAGUUUAUUUUAUUUCUGUCUCCACAGUCCAGAUAACAAGCAAACUAACAAAAUGAACAUCCGAAACGCGAGGCCGGAGGACCUUAUGAAUAUGCAGCACUGCAACCUGCUGUGUCUUCCAGAAAAUUACCAGAUGAAAUACUAUUUCUAUCACGGAUUGUCCUGGCCGCAGCUCUCAUACAUUGCAGAGGACGAAAAUGGCAAAAUUGUGGGUUAUGUGCUGGCAAAGAUGGAGGAGGACCCUGAUGAUGUACCCCAUGGACACAUCACUUCUCUGGCCGUGAAGCGCUCUCACAGACGUCUUGGUCUGGCCCAGAAGCUGAUGGAUCAGGCCAGCCGGGCCAUGAUAGAAAACUUCAACGCAAAAUAUGUCUCACUUCAUGUUCGCAAAAGCAACCGAGCAGCCUUGCACCUGUACUCAAACACACUGAAAUUCCAGAUUAGUGAGAUAGAGCCCAAAUACUAUGCAGAUGGGGAGGAUGCCUACGCCAUGAAGAGAGACCUGGCCCACCUGGUUGAUGAAGCGCCGAAGCUGAGAAAGCCCGGAGUGCGUGUGACGGGGCAGGAGGCUCCGUCUGGCCAGAACCCGUCAGGAUCUGUUGACCAGGAGAGGGAGAACGAGAGAGACAGCGGAGGAGAGAGCAAGGAGCUGAGUGAAGUCAGCGAGGCGACAGAAAGCACAGACGUUAAAGAUUCUUCUUCUGAUUCACAAUGACGCUGCAGUCCUAGACAUUUUUAAAUUCAUCCUUAGCUUCCUCUUUUUAUCCCUAUUUGACAAUAUUUCUGGCUUUACAAACUGUGACUAUCUGUGCGUCAAAGCCUUUCCCACAUUUCCAUCACUGUUUUUUCCUUAAAACUUGCUUUCCACUGCAGUGAUGAACAAAACGUCUUGGAUAAUGACAUCGGGGUGUUACCUAAAUGAAACUAAAAUGAAUAACUGGUCUAACUGUUUUUAUUGGAUUGCUGUUGUCAUUACCAAAAGUCACACAAAGAUCUGUGAGAUUUAGCGAAUUUAAAACAAUUUGUGCUUUUCAAGUUGUCUCAAUCUGGUCUCUUAAUUAUUUAACAGAAUUACUGCAAAUAAAUCUUUCAAAUAAUAUUUCGGUAUCACACUUGUUUCAAUAAGUGAUCAUAAAGGCAGCUUAGUUGAUUACUUCAAGUGGGUCAAUAAAACAUCUGAAUAUAUUUAGUUAAUACAACGCUAAUUGUAAAGUGAGGAGCUUACUGAUGAAUUCACACUGCCACCAAUAUUACCUCUGCUGGGCACAAUCAUAGGAGGUAUACAUGAUCCAUAGUUAAGGUUUCCAUUGAUGGUGAAAAAGCUGUGUGUGAGCGAGAGUGUGUGUGUGUGUGUGUGUGUGUGUGUGUGUGUGUGUGUGAGAGAGACUAUUUCCAACUUUGAGACUCCUGGUGGCGGCAUCAAACAAAGACACCGUGGCAGACGGUAACUCCACACAACCCGGUCUCCUAUACAAUUCCUAUAAAACUAAACUGCACUCUUAAUUAUGUUUUGAGUGAAACGUAUUUUCUCCCAGAUUACGGAACAUGUGGUUAAUGUUGUAAAUUAAAACAAAACAAAAAAAUGUUACACAACUACUUGGUUAGGUUUAGCAAUGAAACCUCAUGGUUUGGCUUAAGAUGGCUGCAAAGGUGAAACAAAAUUUAAACUUAUCCGUUUUUUAAAAGCAACACUGCACAAGUUUUAAACCGGGUUGUAGCAUUUUUCUAAAAACAAAACAUGCCAUGAUGAUAAAAAUAGUGCUGCAUAAUAAUAGGGGGUUUAAGAUAACUAAAAACAUGCUACAGACUUAUGUUGAAAGACUACAAUGAAUGUGACCUCCAAACUCAAACCCUCCUUUACAGCUCAGCUAAAAGAUGCUGUGGGAAUUCUUCAGUGUAAACUGGUGUUUCAAGGCUCUAAGUUAGCGAAGGCUUUAAACUGAACUGUAAUACAUUCAAACAAUGUAUAUUAGAUACGGACUAGAAACUUCCUCAAAUAAAACCAAGCUGGCCAAGCUAUGUCAAGUUGUUUUUAAAGCAUCAUCAUCCUAUCAUCAUGUCUGUUAGAGGAAGGAAACAGGAGUGAGAGAGAAGUACAUAAGAGAUAACAUCAAAAAAAACUUUCAGUAAGUUUUGCUGUUUGUCACUAAUUGGAAAUAGUUAACUUUCAACUCAUUUAAUUUUGCAUAGCUAAAAAUCAUAAAUUUGCCUCAGAGGGCUUUAUGAUCUGUACAAAAUAGGGUCCACACUUUCACACCUUCAUGGUAUUUUCACAGUUUUCAGAAAGAGGUGAGAGGAAACAAUGCUGCUGCUCUUCAAAACAAGUCUGGAUGUUUGCGUUAUCGUUUAAUAGCAUCCGUGGUUUCUUUUUCUUUUCUUUUUUACCAGCAGUGCACAUGUGAUGAAGUUUAUUGGGGCCUUUCUCUGAAGUUAUAAUCCAUUUUAGCAACUGUUUUACUUGACAUGAGGUGUUUCCACGGUUAGCCUGCUCACCAUACAUUACUCAGAAACUGUGGUCAUACAGUCUUAUGCUAAGAAUACCCCAUAGUCUUCAAAAGUUUGUUUACCCCCAACUGAAGAAUAUAGCAGCUGAUUUCACUUAGUAGCCUGUGAAUAACUGGGGGACUAAUCAGGGAAAACAGCUGAUGUUUGAUUGGAUUCAAAAACCUGCUGUGGAGUUCCAGUGGCAGCAUGAAAGAGA